CUUGCACCGUGUGUUGAGUGUUUCCUCGUUACUGUCUAAAUUGCGAGUAUUCAACUUUCUAUCAGAAAACCAAAAAUGUCAUCCUUAUCCCUUGUUAUGGUGAUAGUGUUACUAAUACUAUUAAUAUUCUCGAACAGGAGGACACUGUUUCGCAUUGGUGAUGAACAACAACUACAACAAGAGUCGUCGUGUUCUACAAGGUGCGGUGUUCAUAACAUCAGCUACCCUUUCCGCUUGAAAAACAGUCCAGAGAACUGUGGUGACAAAAGCUACACGCUAUCAUGCGAGGACAACAACCAAUUGAUUUUGUACAAUGAUGAAUCAUAUGGAAAAUCUUAUGUAGAAUCAAUUAAUUACAAUAACCUCACUAUACGACUAUUGGAUUUCAAUCUUCGUUCUAACAAUUCACUCCCUCCUUAUUAUUCUUUUGGAAUCUAUAGCUUCAGUUCUUACAUCUACCUAUCGUAUUAUUCAGACAAAAAUGGGUCUUAUUUUGUAUUGUCAAAAUCAAUGUUAUUUGUGAGCUGUCCAAAUCGGAUGGAAUAUUCGUCCGUUGGCAACUGUAUGAAUAUUAGUUCAUACACACUGUAUGGAGAUCCUUUCUAUGUUGGUGUUUAUGGCAAAUCUCUUUCAGAAUUGGGGCUGGAAGACGGGUGUCGUAUAGAGUAUAUGUAUCUCACUUCUUGGGAUUUACAAGAUGGCAACAACAGCAACAUUUCUUGUACCGACAUCCGCCGUAUGAUGCUUUAUGGAUUUGAACUUUCUUGGUCCAACGGUCUUUGUGAAGAUGGAUGGUUUUUAUACCUCGAUGACAAUAGCCAAUAUCGCUGUAUACAGGAUGGAUUCUGGUUCGUUUUGGCUUCUACUGUCAAAUCAUUAUUAUUGUUCACGGCUCAAAUUGUUGCUUUACUAGGCGGUGUUAAAUUCGUGUUUGGAACACCAUGUAUAAUUGUAUUAUUAGUCUACAAAUGGCGACAGAAACAUUUACAGAAACAUUUAUCAGUGUACGAUAAUGUUGAAGAUUUUCUACAAAGUGACAAUAACAUUAUGCCGAUAAGGUACUCUUAUCGAGACAUAAAAAAAAUGACAAAACAAUUCAAGAUAAAACUAGGUCAUGGAGGUUAUGGAUCUGUUUUCAAAGGACAGCUUCGAAGUGGUCGUCUUGUUGCUGUAAAAUUAUUGGACAGAGGCAAGACCAAUGGCCAAGAUUUUAUGAAUGAAGUUUCUACAAUUGGUAGGAUUCACCAUGUUAAUGUGGUGCAACUCAUUGGUUUUUGUGUGGAGGGGUCAAAACGUGCUCUUAUAUAUGAGUUCAUGCCAAAUGGAUCACUUGAAAAAUACAUAUUUUCUUCUCAAGAGAGUUAUUCUUUGAGUUGCGAAAAAUUGUAUAAUGUUUCUUUUGGAGUGGCUCGGGGAAUUGAGUACUUACAUAAUGGAUGCAAUAUGAAAAUUCUCCACUUUGACAUAAAGCCUCAUAACAUCCUUCUUGACGAGAAUUUUAAUCCAAAAAUUUCUGAUUUCGGACUAGCUAGAUUUUAUCCUACAGAUAAAAGCAUUGUGACCUUAACUGCGGUAAGAGGAACCAUAGGAUAUAUGGCCCCUGAAUUAUUCUAUAGAAAUGUUGGUGCAGUAUCUUACAAAGCUGAUGUCUAUAGCUUUGGGAUGUUGUUAAUGGAGAUGGCUAGUAGAAGAAAGAAUUUGAAUGCAGUGACUGAGAAAUCUAGCCAAAUUUAUUUCCCUUUUUGGAUUUAUGAUCAGUUACAUGAUGGAAAGGAAGUAACAAUUGAGAAUGACACAGAUGAAGAAAUGAAAUUGGCAAAGAAAAUGAUGAUUGUGGCUUUGUGGUGUAUACAGACAAAACCUGAGGACCGUCCUUCAAUGAUUAAAGUGUUGGAGAUGCUUGAAGAAGAAGAUGGGGAGUUGCAGAUUCCUAAUAAACCUUACUUUUGUCUACAAGAUCAACCAGUUGCAAAUGUUACAGAUGAUAGUGUUGGUAGUUCGUAGACUUCAUAUGGUACGACAGUAAGGGAUGAUGACACAAAUUAUUGUAAAACAAAUCUAUGUACUAUAUCUUAUUAUGGAUUAAGAAUGCUUUUUAAUUGUAUUGAAAACUCACUUGUUGAAUAAAUAUAUUAUCACUA